AACUAGUCCUUACAAAUGUUUUAUUUACAUUUGACAAUUUAAAUAAGAAAUUGCAGGAACUGCAAAAGUGAAUACAUGUUAAUGUGUUUCAUUAGUGAAUCAAUAUGACGUGAAAACCAGUAUAUCAUUUGUUUAAGUACAUAAACUAAAUCUAAAUUUAAAUUGUAUGUUUGGAUUUGAUUUCUAAUUUAUCUGACUGUCGACCGGGUACCAGUCUUUCAAAUUAAAAUAUAUAUUUGACUAGUGUAUAGUGUGUUAGGAUUUCACGGUUGUUGGACAUAUAAGUUUAUUUUGUGGAUAAGUCCAAUGUUUGGCAGAACCCGUCCUUAAUCAGCUUAUACCAAUAUUGAGUUCUGUACGUGUAUGGAUCAUUGUAUACCAAAGUCGAUUUUAAAAACUGUGCUUCAAUUUUAAUGGCAAAGAAUUUGUGCGAAUAUUUAAUAAAAAAAGAUUUUUCAUGUUACGGCUUUGUGCAUGGAUACAAGAUGAGUUGGAAGUGAGAUAGAAUGGUCAAAGUUUUAUUAUGGCAGAUGUGUCUCCAGAAUUAGUUACGCAUUUUUUAAACGAAAAUCCAGAAUUUCUAGACAGAUAUGUAACUACACAUGUUUCAGAGGAUAAAAUUCGACAAUGGUCACUACGCAAAGGCAGUAAAAAUGUCCACACAAGACAACAUAAUUUAAAUGGAGAACUAUUGAGAGAAAAGAAAAGUAGUAAAUGGAAGACAUGUGUACAAUCAAGCAAAUGGAAGGUGUUACAUGAGAUGACGAGGGACAUAAGUUAUCAGACUGACAGAUUACAGAUCCUAGCAGAACUAGCACAGUGUGCUGUAGAUUCAACCAGUGCAGAUGGGUUCAAUUUAUACCUGGCAGACAGUAAUCAACAGCUGUAUCAUCAUAAAGUAUCACCAAUAUCCUCUAGCAGGGGAAGUCGUACAACAGACAGACCUUCUGAAGGAUCUUAUAUUGGUAACAUAGAAACUGGAACAUCCUUACCAUCUUAUGUUGCCAAAACAAAAGAUACAAUCAGAACUAAUCAUGUUCAGGGGGACAUGAGGUUUCCAGCAGGCCUAGGGAUAAAGAUGGAGCAUGUUCAGACAGUUCUAGCCAUUCCAAUUUUACAGGAAGACUCAGGGGUAUUAGGUGUAAUAGAACUUUACAGACAAUUCAGUACAGACUCAUUUACUCAGGAAGAUGAAGAGGUGACUGCUACAUUGUUAGUCUGGGCUGAUGUAUGUGUGGAUUAUGUGCAGAUGUAUAAUAGUAUGAUGAGACAGAGAAAAUUAAAUGAUUUCUUGUUAGCAGUUACAAAAUCAAUAUUUCAAGACAUAGUUAGCAUGGAUACAGUUAUUAUGAAAAUUAUGAAUUAUGCCAAAAAACUUGUAAAUGCUGACAGAGCAUCAUUAUUUCUUCUUGACACAAAAACUACUGAAUUAUAUGCUCGAAUAUUUGAUACGGGUAAAGAACAUGUACCACAGAAAGAAAUAAGAUUUCCUAUGGACAAGGGUGUAGCUGGUCAUGUUGCCUCCACAGGGCAGGUGCUAAAUAUAACUGAUGCCUAUAAUGAUGGAAGGUUCAACAGGGAAGUUGAUAUGCAGACAGGGUACAGAACAAAGUCUAUAUUAUGUAUGCCUAUUUAUAUAAGAGGAAGUAUAAUUGGUGUUGUACAGAUGGUCAAUAAAAAAGAAGGAACGUUUACAAUGGCUGAUGAAGAAUCAUUUGAAACAUUUGCUAUAUAUUGUGGACUUGCCUUACAUCAUGCUAAGUUGUAUGACAAGAUAAGAAGAUCAGAGCAGAAGUAUAAAGUGGCAUUAGAAGUAUUGUCUUAUCAUGCUCAGUGUACAGACGAUGAAUACAAAAUAAUCAAAUCUACGCCGUUUCCAGAAAAUAUACCAGGAAUUAUUGAUUAUGAGUUUUCUCCAUGGGAUGUAGAAGACAACAGAAAAUGUUUGUAUGUGUUAUAUAUGAUGAAGGAUAUCUUUAGUAUGGCCACCAAAAAGAAUGAAAAUGAGAAAAGAUAUGACCUGGAUGAUAUGAUACGUUUUACCAUGACAGUCAAGAAGAACUACCGCAAUGUUCCGUACCACAACUGGGCGCAUGCCUUCUCUGUUGCUCAUGCAGUGUACACUGUAAUCAAGACAACUAAACACAGUUUCUCUCCUGUAGAAUGUUUAGCACUAUAUGUAGCAUGUUUGUGCCAUGAUUUAGACCAUCGUGGUAAGACUAAUGCUUUCAUGGUAAAAAGUGCUUCACCUCUGGCAGCUAUCUACUCUACCUCAACGAUGGAACAUCAUCACUUUAAUCACACAGUUACAAUUCUUCAGAAUGAGGGACACAAUAUUUUUAAGCACCUGACUUCUGAUCAGUACAAGCAGAUUUUAGGUGACAUCAGGCAAUGUAUUUUGGCAACAGAUUUAGCAUUAUUCUUUGGAAACCGGGCAAGAUUACAGGAAGUUUCUGACAAAAAUGAAUUUUCAUGGGAUGAUAGUGAACAUAGGCAUGUAGUGAUGGCUAUAUGCAUGACAGCAUGUGAUCUUUGCUCUAUGUAUAAACCAUGGGAUAUACAGCUCCAAGUCGUUAAUGUUAUCAUGGAGGAGUUCUGGCUCCAGGGUGAUGAAGAAAAAUCACAAGGUUUGACUCCAAUGCCGAUGAUGGACAGAGAUAAAAAAGAUGAACUUCCACACUUAGAGGUUGGGUUCCUGGUUGGUAUUUGUUUGCCAUGUUAUGAACUAAUGGCUCAGGUAUUACCGAAUACCAAACCUAUGGUGGAUGGUGCUGUAUCUAAUUUGAAAAAAUGGAAAUACCUCGCCGAAAAUAAACUAACUGUAGAUCAGCUCCCUCCAGAACAGUUGGUCAAACAAUUGGAAUAUAAAAGUAGUGAAAAUAAACAGGAGGCCUUGGAAGGAAAUAAACAAGAUUCAUCGGAAAAAAAUAAACAAAGAGAGGAAGAGGAAUCAGAUAAACAAAAUGAACUCAAUGCUAAAGCAGGAAACAAAGAUGAACUAACAGAAGAAAGUAAAAUGGAAUCAGUGGAAGAAAACAAAAAUAAGUCUAUAGAGAAUCAGUCAGAUAAAGGGAGCUUACUCACAGACGUUAGAUCUGAAUCAUCUGUCUUGGUUCAUAGUGAUAACGAUAAUAAUUUAACUGAACAGAUUCAUGACAACACAUGAUAAAUCGUCCACUAUUACAGUUCAAAAGUGCUCAUCCAUCUGUUCUCUAUAUAGUAUGUGCCAUUGUACUGGUCAACAGUUAUCAAUAUCAUGUGAUAUUUUAUUUGUUUAUGCUUAAACUUCGGUAGAAGGGGGCAUAAUGUUUUCUGGUCUGUUCAUCUGUCUGUCAGUCCAUCUUAUUUCAGAUUAUAGUUUUUGGUUAAGUUUGAGGUUUAUCAUGAAGUUGUGGUCACAUCAACUUGAGACUAUGUGCAUAUGAUGUAAAAAAAAUUUAUACCAAAGUAUAGUUUUUGAUCCCUAUUUCAUGGUUCGCUGAACAUGGAAAUGUGAUAGUGUGAACUUAGUACCUUCUUGUGAUAAAGUUUUUCAUUUACCAUGCAGCUUUGGUCACAUCAGUGAGAAACCUAUGACACUUGUUCAUUUCGUGAUAAAGUUUUCAGAUUUUAUGCCAGAUUAUUAUUUGACCCAGAUUUGACCAUUGACUGAACAUUGGCACAUGAUGGUGCAGGUGGGGCAGGCGGGGCAUAGUGACGCAUAUUCUUGUUUAUUAUUUCAUUAAGGAAGGACAUUUAUUAUUUGAUCCAAAAAAAUGUUGAAAAGUGUUUUUAAUAAAAAUCCACAUUGAAAUUUUCAAGUCACAAUUAGGAUUUCAAGUCAAUAUGGAUGUAUUAUGAAAGUUUAUAACUCUAUGGCUUUCUUGACUUAAAGUGUUAUCAACAGUUUUACUCUCACAUGAAAAUUGUUUUAUUAAACAGCUUUUUAUCUUUUUACAUAAAUGGUAUUAUAUUAAAAGAAAAGUUUGAUCUUUUGUGUACAGUGAACAUAUAUAUAUAUAUUGGUGCAAACAAGCAAACAGUGAGUUUCUGUGUAUGUUACAUCCAUUUUCGGUAUUGUCAUGCUGUACACACAUGUAUGUGAGUUAGUGUAAAAGUAGCAUUAUUUAUACAUUAUACUUGUAGCAUUGUUGAAUUGUUAGAUCUCCAAACAACAUAAUCCAGUCAUGCCAAAAAAUACAUAUAGGUGUGUGUUCAGAUUUUAUAUAAGCAGAAUUAUUUUUUAUUAACUGAUCACCGAUCAUAUUUGUUUACUCAUAUUUUAUGACCUUUCCAAAAUUUGCUAAUAUAUUUUAAGAGGUACUGGUAUUUCGUUUAUUCUCAUUUAUUUUUUAAUGAGAGGCAGAAUUUCUUUCCAAAAAUAGACGUAUUUACACUUGUAUGCAAAUUUGUCCGCCAUGACUUAAAAUCAAACAAGUUCUCAUAAAAUUUGACAUCACAAUUUAAAAAAUUUGAAGUCAUAAUUAAAACGUGGUUGUUGCUUGACGUCAGAAGUUAUUCAGAGCAGAUCUAAGGUCAUUCGGAGACAAAAUUCAGCUAAAUACCAAAAGUGUAAAUACGUUUAUUGAAAAGUGCAUUUACUUCAAAAAUAAUAACAAUAAAUAUUGUUAAUUCAAAUAUUUUAAGCAUUGUGUUAUUUUAUGAAAGAUGCUUAAUUUUAGAAUGUUAGGUAUAAAACAGCUUGUAUAUUGGUUCAUUAUUAUUUAACAUUAAACACAAGUAUCCAGUACAAAUUCUCAGUUGUGCUCAGAUUUUGAGACAUGAUGUACAGAUAGUCAUUGGGGAUAUCCUAAUUUUAGGAUAUUGUUAAGAGAUGGAUAGUUUUAAGUACAGACAGUCAUUUUGGGAUAUUUUGUAAAGAGAUAGAUUAUUUAUUGUUGUUUUUUCAUUUAGAGUCAGCUGUUGCUAUUUGUUUUUAUUUGCUUCUUUGAAACACAAAAAAUACUCAAGUUAACUUUGAAUUUUUAAUUAAGUGAUAGCCUGAUCAUAUUUUUUUAAUUUAUUUCUUUUGAAUUGUCCAUUUAUAAUAACUUUAUCCUUGUAAGGGUUUUAUGUGUAGACUUGAUAUUAUUUCUCUAAACAAACAUUACUAAAUAGUAUCAUAGAAUUUUUACAGGAUAAGCACACUUCUUGUCUUCUUAAUAAAUUAUCCUGAAGCUAUUAUUUAAAACCAAAUAGCAAACUUAAUUCUGGGAAAAACUAAAUUUAGAUGGAAGUGAUAAUCACAUGUAUCUUGGUUUAUCCCAAAAUAUGAAUAUUCAAAAUUACAAUAAUGAGAUAUGACCAAAUCUAUUGUGUACUACUGUAUAGUAAUAAUUGCUCUCAUAAAUAAAGCCAAAAUGUAACUUCAUUUCCAUGGUAAUUAACAUGUUUUAAUGUUUGUAAAAGAAACGGUUGUUUUCUCUUCAUCAAAGUUCAGUUCCAUACUCCAGCUGCUAUUGUGCACUGGUCAGUUGUUUUAAGUGGACAUAUUUGUACAAUGUAAAUUAUACAGUAUUUUAUUGUAGAUCAAAAGGAAUAAUAUAUUGAUAAUAUUGAUAUUGUGAUAUUGUUAUUCAUUAAAUUAUUAUUUUAUA